CCUGUGUUCAUGUUUUCUAAGUUAGGUGGCACUGAAUUUUUCCUUUCUUGUAAUUUUGAUAUUGACAAAAUCCCUUUAAAAAUCUCUGCUUUUCAUCGUCAAGCUUUUUUAGCAUGGACUCUUAUUUACAAGCAUAACUUUAGUCCACACAGUUAUUAUAUCUGGAAUAACAAGGAUGUUUUAUUUAAAAGAAAAUCUCUCUUCUUAGAUAGUUGGUUUAGGAAUAACAUUGUUUUAGUCAAUCAAUUAUUUGAUUCAAAUGGUACGCUUUUCUCCUAUGAAGAAUUUUGUUUGCAUUUCAAUUUAGCUAUAAAUCGUCAUGAUUAUACAAAAGUAUUUGGUUCAAUACCAUCAGGGGUUUGUAUGCUGUUUAAGAAUCAACCUAGUAUCACUUCAUUCCACAGGCCGUUGGCAUCUCCCAUACAAACUUUUGUUGGCAAGAUUUGCUUUUGUAAGCAAUCUAAAAACAACAAUAAAUCGAUCAGAGCUUUAUUUCAGAGUACCAUAACCACGCUACCAUAUGUCAUUUUUUUCUGGAACCGGCUGUCAGAUGGUAUUAUGUGGAACGAAGUUUGGAAACUCCCUAAUCAGUUUUUAAUUACCAACAAAAUUAAAGAUAUUUCUUAUAAAUUAAUACACAGAAUUUAUCCUUCUAAAGAUUAUCUUCAAAGCAAAUUCAAAUUAGACAUUGAUACAAGCUGUAGCUUUUGUAAAACUUCCAAGGAAUCUACUAUACAUCUUUUUUGGUUUUGUAACCUUGUACAAGAUUUUUGGCAGAGUUUAUGUGUUUUUAUUUCAGAAAAUAUAUUUAAAGGAUUUGUACUGUUUUGGAAAUAUGUUUUGUUUGGUCUGCACAAAAACCAAAAACAAUUCAACUUUGAUAACAGAUAUAUGAUUAAUUUGUUAAUUUUAAUGGCUAAAUUUCAUAUUCACAAGUCCAAAUGUUUAGGAAGACAUCCCUCUUUUUAUGUAUUCUCCUUUGAACUUGUACAGUAUCUUAACUCAAUUAAGAACUCCACUAACCCAAAAGCUGUAAAAACUAUUGGUGUUUGUGAAAAAAAUCAAGAUCUUUCAAUCACUUUAUUCUUUGGCUUGAUCAGUUACUUUCCCCCUAGCAUAUUUAUAUUGUUGUUUCUGAAUACUGUUCUUGUAUUUGUUUAUCUAUACAUACAAUUCUUUUGUAAGUACAACACCAUUAUUGUGGUACUGUUUAAUUCCAUUUUGUAUUGUACUGAUGUUUAAAUAAAGGUUUGGUGUAA